AUGUCACAGCGAACAAGAGAUACUACGCUCGCCAGCGGCUUCACAAAAACGAUCCAUAGCAAGCCGACUGCUGCCCUGGAUCCAGCCUCCAACAAGUUACCAAAACCAAUCAACGUACUCAUAAUCGGCGCAUCUCGUGGUAUAGGAGCCGGUAUCGCGUACGCAUAUGCGCAAGCGGGUGUUGCAUCUCUUCUCCUAGCAGCGAGGUCGUCUUCAGCCCAAGAGUUAGCGGCAGUGGCACAACAAGCCAAAGACCUAAACCCUUCGGCAUCCAUUGAAAGUCUACAGGUCGACAUCACAUCUAGCCCAAGUGUUGCACAGCUUGCAAAGCAUGUGAAAGAAGAAGUCGGAAGGUUGGACGUUGUCAUUGUCAAUUCGGGAUACUCCGGGCCGGUGGUACUGAAAGUCGACCAAGGGGAUCCGAAAGAUUUCCAAGAUGUUUUCGACGUUAAUGUGCAAGGCACAUAUCUCGUUGCGCAUCACUUCAUUCCGUUGCUGAAGGAGAGUGAUGGUGCUAAGACGUUCAUCGCUGUCAACUCAUUCGCAGCAUGCAUCGUCAAUGGACACAUUGCGAAUACUGCGUAUUGCAUCUCGAAGUUUGCGCAGGCACGUCUUGUUGAGUUUCUGUCAGAACAGUACGGUGCGGAUGGUAUAUUAGCCAUUGCGGUACACCCAGGUGCUGUCAACACAGAGAUGGCGGAUAAGAAUACGCCGGAUAGCUUCCGAUCUUACCUUACGGAUGAUGUCGGUCUUGGGGGUGCUUUCUGUGUUUGGUUAAGCACUGAGAGGCGGAUGUGGCUCAAUGGCCGGUUACUGGGUGCAACUUGGGAUGUGGACGAGUUGCUGGCGAAGAAAGCGCAGAUUGAAGGGCAAGACUUACUAAAAUUUGGUUAUAGGAUUGGCGAUGCUUCGGCCGCUGGACAAAAUGUAUGA